ACUGCAGUCCUUCAUAAACAGCCUGCAGUCUCCUGCUCUGGGGAGUGUAGAUUUAUUCCCAGUUUAUGGAGAAAUAUGAGUCUGAUUUUCAGCACCGUGAAAGGAAGUGAUUACUAACUGGACCUACAAAGUCAUCUGUUUAACCUGAAAGAAACCUGAAUUCAGGGUGUGAAUACUUUUCACCAAAGUGAAAGUGAAAAUCUGAGCAUUCAGACUGGAGAGAAAAACAACAGCAGCAAAAUAAAAUGGCUUCUAGGUUUUCAGAGGAGGAUUUGUCCUGUCCUGUGUGCUGUGAAAUCUUCAAGGAUCCUGUUGUUCUGCACUGCAGUCACAGUGUGUGUAAAGUGUGUUUGCAGCAGUUCUGGGAGACCAAAGGAUCCAGAGAAUGUCCUGUUUGUAGGAGGAAGUCGUCUAUGGAUAAACCUCCCACAAACCUGGCCUUAAAGAACCUGUGUGAGACUUUCUUACAGGAGAGAAGUCAGAGCUCUUCAUCAGUGUCUGAAACAGUCUGCAGUCUGCACAGUGAGAAACUCAAACUCUUCUGUCUGGACGAUCAACAGCCGGUGUGUUUGGUGUGUCGGGAUUCAAGAAAACACACCAACCACAAAUUUUGCCCCAUUGACGAGGCAGUAACAGACUGUAAGGAGGAGGUCAGAACUGCACUGAAGCCCCUACAGGAGAAACUGAAGAUCUUUAAAGACUGUAAACUGAACUGGAGUCAGACUGCAGAACAUAUAAAGAUUCAGGCCCAACACACAGAGCGGCAGAUUAAAGAGGCAUUUGAGAAGCUUCACCAAUUUCUAUGUGAUGAAGAGGCAGCCAGGAUCGCUGCACUGAGAGAGGAAGAGGAGCAGAAGAGUCAGAUGAUGAAGGAGAAGAUUGAGAAGCUGAGCAGAGACAUAUCAUCUCUUUCAGUCUCAAUCAGAGCCAUAGAAGAGGAGAUGAGAGCUGAAGACGUCUUGUUCUUAGAAAACUACAAGGACACAGUUAAAAGAGCCCAGUGCACACUGCAGCAUCCAGAGGAGCUUUCAGGAGCACUGAUCCAUGUGGCAAAACAUCUGUCGAACCUGAAGUUCAGAGUGUGGGAGAAGAUGCAGGACGCUGUCCAAUACACACCUGUAACUCUGGACCCCAACACUGUUCAUCCUAAACUCAUUGUAUCUGAUGAUCUGACCAGUGUGAGACUCAGUGAUGAGGAACAGAAACUUCCUGAUAAUCCAGAGAGAUUUGAUAAAUAUUGCUGCAUCUUGGGCUCUGAGGGCUUUAACUCAGGGACACACUGCUGGGAUGUUGAAGUUGGAGACUGUACAGACUGGGAUGUGGGUGUGAUGACAGAAUCUGCUCAGAGGAAGGGAAGGAUAAUCUCUAGAAGUGGAAUCUGGUGUGUGGUGUAUUAUGAUGGUAAAUAUGGAGCAGGUUCUACACCACAGCCAUUCACUCUCCUCUCAGUGGCACAGAAACUCCAGACGAUCAGAGUGCAGCUGGACUGGGACAGAGGAAAGCUGUCAUUCUCCGACCCUCUCACUAACACACACAUACAUACUUUCACACACAGAUUUACUGACAAAUUACUGCCAUUCCUAUAUGUUUAUGGUACAAAAUCUCCUCUAAAGAUCCUCCCACUACAGUGCUCUGUAAGAGUGAAUCAGAUCAGUUAGAGCUGAUAUUGUUUUAUUCCAGUUCAUUAAUGUAAUAUUGCAGAUUAAAAGAUUUAUUUUUUUUUACAGAAGCGCUGAACAGUUCGUUGUGAAAAGCUUUUUAGUUAUUAAAUGAAAUUAAAAUGAUUUAAAAUUUAAAAUAAUGAGCUACUCUCUUGAAAUAAAGAGUUAUUAAAUCAAAAUAAUUCGGUACACAACUAACAAAGCACAGGAUGAAAUUAAAAUCAUAAACGUGUUUAAAUGUAGAAUUUGAAAUCUGAAAUUUAAUAAAGAUUUAAUUUUAUUGACAUAUUUUAAAUCAUUUUAAAUAUACUGAGACUUAGCUAGCUCUAGACUUAGCUAGCUCGUGUCUUUACUGUAUUUGUACUUGUUAGUGCUGUGCUGUUAAUCCUGGGUGAAAUGUUUAGCUGGCUGUGUGUGUUGUGUGUGAAACUGUGCAGUGGAGGAGAAUUCAAGCUCUAAGUUUCCUUCCACCAGCAGUUUGUGGUUUUGCAAAGAUCAGAUGGAUUUUUAUGUUAAUCCUGCAUUAGGUGAUCAUUUAUAAUUCAAAAUAAAAUAUAAAGAGAAAUAAACUCAUUUUGUUCACACUGAUAAUGAAAAUCUUUAAUUUGCAUAAUUGGACA